UGGUCCAACUCCAUUCCAUUGCACUUGCUCUUGCAGAACAAGGAGACCAGGAACGGACGAGUGUUGUAAUUUUCAUAAACCUUGUGGACCAAAGUGACAAACUCGAAAAAGAGUACGGAGCAAGUUUUCCUUUCGGAAAAACCCAAAAUAAAAAGCCGUCUUUUUCUUGUUUGCGCCAAACAAGUUCGUUGCCUUCCCUCCAAAAGAAUCAGAUGGUCUCUCAUUUUUUACCCUCAUAAGCGUCAAGCAAAUCCGUCGUCCUCCAGGGGCAUUUCUGUAAAUUCGUGCAAAGCCCCAUGGCGGAAUCGCUGACCUUCAGCCUCCGCAUCGUCGCCGUCGACCACUACAUGGCGGCGCCGAUUCCAGGCCUCGACAUCUCCUACAGUAGCUUCCACGGCGGGAAAGUGAAUGAGGUUCCUGUUAUAAGAAUAUACGGCUCGACUCCUGCUGGUCAGAAAACUUGCUUGCACGUCCAUCGAGUUUUUCCAUAUCUGUAUGUGCCAUGUGCCGAUAUUCACUCUCAGGAAGAAGGUGAUGCAUACGCGCAUGAAAUAUCUCUCGCCAUGGAGAAAGCCUUAAAGCAUAAAAGUAAGACAAGCUCGAAACGGCAACAUGUUCAUGGUUGCAGCCUUGUCCGAGCAAGAAAAUUUUAUGGUUAUCAUUCAUCAGAGGAGCUCUUUGUGAAGAUAUUCUUCUACUACCCCCAUGAUGUCUCUCGUGCUGCUAAUCUCCUUCUGAGUGGUGGCGUUCUUGAUAAAUGUUUACAACCACAUGAAGCACACAUUCCGUUUAUUCUUCAAUUUCUGGUGGACUACAACUUAUAUGGGAUGGGUCAUAUACAUCUGUCUAAAAUGAAGUUUCGUCAUCCUGUACCAGAUGCUUUCUUGCCGAAGAAAUCUAUUAACACUGAACAAGCUAAAAAGGGCAUGGAUCCCUUCACAUGCGCGCCAACGGAUUCUGAGGCAGAUGUAAGUGGUAGCCCAUCUUUUGAUUCAUAUGUUUGGAUAUCUUCCACGGUUCCAGCUGACUGGAUGUGGCCUUCUCCUAGCGAUUUUGAUGUUUCGUCAAAUCCAGAGAUCAACUCUAUUAAAUGUCAAAGUCUUUGUCAACUUGAGGGGGAUGCUACAGUAGAUGAGAUUCUUAAUCAGCAGUUUAAAAUGUACACAUCCUUAUCACAAACUCGUACGGACGUGAAAAUGGUCCAGUCACUUGUACCAAUUUGGGAGGAGGAGUAUGAAAGAACUGGUAUGCAUGAGCUGGAAAUACCUUCUGAUCCUAGCAAACCACUGCCAGAAGAUGUUUUAAGAACUCUCUCACUUGGUCCAGAGUUUAUGAACAAAUUUGUUGACUUGCAUAAUGAAUUGCAUAAUGAAGCAGAAAGUCCUUUGUGUUUGACUCCGUUAGAGAAAGAUGUAACAUCUGUACAGCUGAUGACGUCACCAAAUGAGGCAAAUGCGGUUAGAUUUGCCCAUGUCCUGAAUAAUGAUGACGGAGAAUCUUCAGAGUGCCUUAAAGAACGACGCGUAGUUGGAUCUUUAUCUUCACAGGAGGAAGAUGGUGCAAUCCCCUCUGCAGAGAGGGAUGCCAAUGUUAAAUUCUCAUUUAACGGUGAACUUCCAGCAUCUCAAAUGAUUGAAGCUUUAGAUAAGAAGGUUGCAGAUAAGGACGCCUUGGGUCUUCUAAAGUGGCUUGCCACUUCUCAGGCAGCAGAUGACAUAAAUUCUGAUGAUGAACUUCUGCGUGAUACCAUUUUGAGUCCAUUUUUGCCCGCAACCAGAAUUGAGGAAGUUUUGGAGAAAGCUAAUAUGGAUUAUGAGAGUGAAUCUCAAAAGGAGUGCCAGGACAUUCUUGAUUCAGUUGAUGAUUUUGUUGACUUUAAGGAUAUAAAGGAGAGAGCUGAUUUUACUAAAAAUAGCCGCUGUCCCAACCUUUCAUCUGGAGAUUUUAUUCCCCAAGUGGAUGGUGCUGGCGAUGAUAUGUUUACUCCCCCUGCCCGAUCAACUGAAGAUUUUUAUGCAACUGAGUGCAAGAGAAAUUUUGAUGAGGCUUGUGAACAGCAGGUAUUCUUGGAGGAUACUCUUAGUGGGAAAAAGGUAGUGGAGGAUGCUCACUCAAGCUUUAAUCAUAAGCACAAAAGGAAAAAAUUGUUGUGGGGUUCUUUACCUUUUUCCACAAACGAAAAGUUAAAGGAUGAAAGUUUCUGUACUGAUACCAAAGGCCCCAUCACUACCAGUCCUUUGUCUGGAUAUAUGGGAGAACAUGAACAUUCUUCAAUAAAAAAUGUGAAGACUGAUAUUUGUGAUGGGAAUGAGACUGCUCCACUGGUUGUGUGCUCUGUGCGGGACUUGAUGAGGAGAAAGCGACACCACCGAGUUGAGUCUCUUGAAUGUAGCUCUCAGGGGCUAGAAAAGUCCCUUUCAGAAAUGAAACGAAAAGAUAAUAUCUUCCCAAGAAAUUUAGAUUUUCAAGUGUUUCCUAUUGAUGAGCCUAACAAGAGGCCUUGUGUGUCUCUUAGCUUUCCUCCAUUUGCUGCUUCGCUUCAGGAGGUUUAUGAUGUGAAAGCAACUGGUGAUGACUCUCCUGGAAAACUCCCCAUUUUGUCUAGGAGUGGCAGCUCCUUGGUUGGUAGUACAGCAGAUUAUGGAAAUUUUACUUCUCAUAAAAGUGAUAAUAGCUAUGGUAGUGGAGUGACCACUCUAUCUGGGAACUUCUUAUCCACAGGUCCUUCUUAUGUGACAAGAUCCUCACUUUCUAUGCCUGGCGGUCCUGAUUCUGCAGCUGCUAUCGGCCAUUCUCAGAACAGUCAAGAACCCAGGGUUCUAUUACUGAAGUCUGAUUUUGAGGAUAACACAUUUGCUGCCGAGAGAUUGGAGCCAACAAAUGCUGCUGCUUCAAGCUGUCAUCAAACUGCUGUUGGGCGUGACAAGUUGAAUGUGAAGAGUGGCAAGGAAGGUCGAUCCUCCAGGGAAUUGGAACAUGAGAUGUCUCCUGAGAAAUCAGUUGCAAUGAAUAUGACAACCAACAUAAAUGCUUUAAACAGUGGACAGAGCCAGGGAGGAGAUGUUCCGCUGGUUAUUACAACGGAUCGACAAGAUAUGGACCUAAUUUGUUUGACCUUCUACAGAAAAUCCCCUGCUACUGAUUGGAUUACCGAGCCAUCUAGAAAAGCUUUUUCUGAUUCUUUUAUCUCUCAUCUUCCCUGUCAAGAUAAGGAAUCUCAUGAUGGAGCAUCAGGGAGAGCUUUGGAUGAUUUUCUGCCAUUCUUUAUGGAAGACUGUCAAGGAGAGGCAGAAAUUCAGACCAAGUGCAUUACAGUUAAUGAAUCUACUUCGGAACAUGAAGCUGCUGUUGGUGUCCCCGCACACUAUCAAAAUGAUGGCUCAUACUCGUAUUUGUUAACACCUCUAGUUUCGCCCCCUUCAUCUAAAAAUGUGAAAAGAUGGCUGUCAAUUGGUACUUCAGUGGAGGAAAAUACAAAAUUGAGGAAGCCUACAUCUCACAAAGGAACUUCUAGUACUCCAAAUUGUUCACCAAGUUCUUCACCCGAUGAUUACAACAAGGCGUCUACUGGAUCUGGUUCUAUAUCUCAUCAACCAUAUAUGAAGGCACAAGGGCCACAAGAUAAUUGUGACACUAACAACGUCGAUACCAUAAGGACCCUUGCUUGUAAUGAGGAGACGGCUAUGGUGCAGAGGGAAGGAAAUUCUGCAAAAGUUAAAGCAUAUUCUGAUUGUUCGCUAGAUAUUUCUCAGAUUUCAGGGCCAGGUGGGAGAUCCAAGCCUACGCCUCUUAGUCAAAUUGGAUUCCGAGACCCUGCAAGUGUUGGUGCUGGACAGCAACUGACGCUGUUAAGCAUAGAGGUUCAAGUAGCAUCAAGAGGAGAUCUUCUGCCUGAUCCUCGGUUUGAUGCCGUCAAUGUAAUAACUCUUGCUGUUCAUAAUGACAGUGAUUUUGAUGUUGAACUCCAUGUGCUUUUGCACAGUAAAGCUGAAAAUUGUCAGAGGAAUCUCGACGGAAUUACUGGCUGCACUCUGUUGAUUUUUUAUGAGGAGAAGUACUUGUUUGAUCACUUUAUUAAGUUUGUAUGUUCACUUGACCCAGAUAUUUUGAUGGGUUGGGAUGUUCAGGGAGGUUCACUUGGUUUUCUGGCGGAACGGGCUUCGUAUCUUGGUAUAGGUUUACUUAACAGCAUAUCUCGGACACCAUGUGAAACUAAGAUUGCUGCUGGAGAUUCAGAAAUUCCUGAGAAAGGAGUUCUAGAUAAUGUAAUUCCUGACUCAGUAAUUGCUGAUCCUGUUGUAUUAGAAGAUGCAAUAAUUGAGGAUGAAUGGGGACGGACUCAUGGUAGUGGUGUUCAUGUUGGUGGUAGAAUUGUCCUUAAUGUUUGGCGACUGAUGCGUGGAGAACUUAAGCUUAAUAUGUAUACAAUUGAAGCAGUUGCUGAGGCUGUAUUGAGGAGAAAAAUCCCAUAUAUUUCUUAUAAGGUGCUAAACAGAUGGUUUUCCAGUGGUCCUGACCGAGCAAGAUAUCGAUGUAUUGAAUAUGUGACUGAGAGAGCCAAGUUGAACCUUGAGAUAUUGAACCAACUUGAUAUGAUAAAUCGAACAUCAGAACUUGCUCGUGUAUUUGGCAUUGACUUUUUCUCAGUUCUCUCAAGGGGUUCACAAUAUCGCGUUGAGUCCAUGUACUUGAGAUUGGCACAUACACAAAAUUAUCUAGCUAUUUCUCCCGGGAAUCAUCAGGUUGCUUCUCAACCUGCAAUGGAAUGCCUGCCACUUGUAAUGGAACCAGAGUCUGGUUUUUAUGCAGACCCUGUAGUUGUUUUGGAUUUCCAGUCUCUUUAUCCCUCAAUGAUCAUUGCGUACAACCUGUGCUAUUCUACAUGCCUUGGGAACAUUGCCCCUUCAAAGGCAAAUACACUCGGCGUUAGUCCAUUUUCACCAGAUCCGGAUAUUCUGCGGAAGUUAAAAGAUCAAAUACUGCUUACUCCUAAUGGUGUUAUGUACGUACCUUCAAAGGUUCGUAAAGGUAUAUUACCCCGCUUAUUGGAGGAAAUAUUGUCAACUAGGAUUAUGGUGAAACAAGCAAUGAAAAAGUUGUCUCCUUCACAGCAAGUUCUUCACAGAAUUCUUAAUGCAAGACAGCUAGCUUUGAAACUAAUAGCAAAUGUUACAUAUGGUUAUACUGCUGCUGGGUUUAGUGGUCGCAUGCCUUGUGCAGAGCUUGCAGAUAGUAUUGUUCAGUGUGGUCGUAGAACACUGAAAAAGGCUAUUUCAUUUGUAAAUGCUAAUGACAAGUGGAAGGCCAAAGUUAUUUAUGGCGACACUGACAGUAUGUUUGUACUCCUAAAGGGACGUUCUCUUGAAGAUGCUUUUAAAAUUGGGAAUGAGAUUGCAUCUGAAAUCACUGCAAUGAGUCCAAAUCCAGUUGCUCUUAAAAUGGAAAAGGUUUAUCAUCCGUGCUUCCUCCUUACUAAGAAGCGAUAUGUUGGUUAUAGCUAUGAAAGCCCUAAGCAAGUGGACCCUGUUUUUGAUGCUAAAGGUAUUGAGACAGUUCGCAGGGAUACAUGUGAGGCUGUUUCCAAAACAAUGGAGCAGUCUUUGAGACUCUUUUUCGAACAACAGGACAUUUUUGAGGUAAAAGCAUAUCUGCAGCGUCAAUGGAAGCGGAUCCUGUCAGGAAGGGUGUCUCUUCAGGAUUUUGUCUUUGUGAAGGAAGUUCGGUUAGGCACCUACCGUACAAGGGAUUCCUCAUUACUCCCACCAGCUGCAAUAGUGGCCACUAAAGCAAUAAGAACUGAUCCAAGGGCGGAGCCACGUUAUGGAGAACGAGUUCCUUAUGUCGUCAUACACGGGGAGCCGGGGGCUCGUCUGGUUGAUAUGGUUGUGGAUCCCUUGGAACUCUUGACUGUUGGUUCACCCUACAGAUUAAAUGAUCUGUAUUACAUCAACAAGCAGAUACUCCCAGCGCUGCAGCGGGCGUUUGGACUUGUUGGAGCCGACUUGAAGAAGUGGUUCUUGGAAAUGCCCCGACCAGUCCGGGAGUCAUUUUCCAAACGCCCCCUCUUCACUUCAAACCCCCAUCGAACCCGAAUUGAUUAUUACUAUCUCUCAAAACAUUGUAUAGUUUGUGGCGAGUUGGUCGAUGCAUCAACCCAUCUCUGCAAGCAAUGUUCCCAAAACAAAACUGCAGCUGUAACUGCCGUUGUUGGAAGAACUUCAAAGUUGGAGAGAGAGAUGCAACAUCUUGCUGCUAUAUGUCGACAUUGUGGUGGCGGAGACUGGCUUGUGGAAAGUGGUGUAAAGUGCACUUCGCUUGCUUGUCCUGUGUUCUAUGAGAGGUGCAAGGUCCAGAAAGAACUUCAAGGCCUUGCGGCUGUUGCUGCUGAUCAAGGUCUCUACCCAAAAUGCAUGGUUGAAUGGUUUUAAAUUGCCUCAACAAAACAUGCCCUGAGGCUGUCUGAUGCCAUGUUACAAAAUGAUUAUUUUGUGCCCGUGUACACGUACAAGAAUCAGAAAUUACAUGCAUAAAUGUGUAUAUAAGCAUACUUAUUAAGCUACCCCAUGUUGUACAUAGUUGCUCUUCCUGUUAAUGUUAUAAUUGUUGUACUUGUAAAAUGUACCAUAUUAACAGGUCUUGAAUAGUCGAUUCCUAUUAUUCUUCCCUUUCA